AUGAAAAACGUGCCAACGAAGGUGGUGUUAAGGCACCUUCCGCCUAAACUCACGGAAGAGCACUUCAAGGAGAUGUGCUCUCCCAUCCCCGCCUACGAUUAUUUUCGCUUUUGCCUUGCGGAUCCAAGUCUUGGCGAUCGGGGCUACUGUCGAGCUUACAUUAACUUUUGUGACCCGCAAUCCGUCUUCGCUUUUCGUGAGAGAUUCACUGACUACGUCUUUGUGGACAGUGAGGGCAACGAGGCAAAUGCGAUAGUUGAGUAUGCCGUGUUCCAAGGCACCCCGAACACACCAUCUGAAAGCAAAAAGGACAGACGCCAAGGCACCAUCGCAGAGGAUCCAGAUUAUCAAAGUUUUCUCGCUCGCACAGCCCCACCAUCGACCGAGGCUGUGAACUGCACGGAUAAACCGCCAGAAAAGCAGAAGGGUACGACCCCUUGGGAGGCAACUCUCGAAUUAAUUGAAAAACGCGAAGCUGCCACGCAUCAGCUAGGCGAGACCCCACUGACACGCUUCUUAAAUCAACGCAUUGAGAAGCAUAAGCGUAGCGGCAACGAGGAAUUCAAGACGACAGCGAGCAUGGGUAAGAGAAGCAGCAAGGCAAACCGAAAUGCGAGGAAGGCUCGUCAGAGGCAAACCCCGGCCGCUGCCGCGUCGAGUUCUGAAUCAACACAGGGAACGGACCUGCACCAAAAACCGGGCGAAGACAGUGCCUCCUCAACGGGCGGUCGAGUCGCCAUCGAAAAGCCGCCUGCUAGCCGACGCGGGCCGAAGCACGGUCGUGGUGACCUUUCGAACAAGCCGAACCCCGAUGCUUCUUCCAGUGCAGAUCAGCACUCUCCACUGUCGGUUCCUGGUGGCGGCAACCACGGCGGUGGUCGACGGGGCGGAGGCAGACGAGGUGGCAGUAGGCCCCCCCAUAGCGACGGCCCUCCUUCGUACUCCUCAAGGCAAGACAACGUGUUUAUACGAAAAUCGCAGAAUGCUUUGGUUAGAAGCGAUGCAGAAAUAUCUGCAGUAGUUUUCCUCGCCAUUUGCUUGCUUAGUGGAAUGGUGAUCGCUCUCAACACGCAGCUUCUGCGUCUAGCCAAUCGUCUGCCUCAGCCAGCGGUGGUAGUGGCGCCACUGGCCCUCCCAAACCUCGCGGAGGUCAUCGAGGGGGCGGUCCUCGUGGGACACCAAGGACCACCUUCUCAUACUCACGCGGCAGGGGUUCCUCCACCGGCACUGAAGCUGAUCGAGUAUACCCCCACGCACAAGGUGGAGCUGUUUGAGCUUACUCCUCCCCCGUCAAUGUAG